AAUAAAAUUCAAUGUAAUACGUUGCUGCAUAUGCUUUGUUGACUUUAGGCGGAAAAGCUAAUCCCAGUAUGAUAAUUGGUUAAACACUUAGGUGAGGCUGACGUAAAGGGACUAUUGGCUGAAGUUGGUGUAACAGGAUCAGAUGCUGAAAUUAAGACCUUAGUAGAUUCUUUGAAAGGAAAGACAUUAUAAGAAGUUAUAGCAGAAGGAUUGAAGAAAGUGGGAACACUUUCCUUAGGAGGAGGAUGUAAAAUAAAGGGAUUAUAAUGUAUUAGCAUCAAAAGCAGCUCCAGUUGCUGCUCAAGCACAACCAGCUAAAAAGGCUGAAGAAAAGCCAGUUGAGAAGGCUCCAGAACCUGAAGAAGACGUCGACAUGGGUGGCUUAUUCGAUUGAUGAAAGAAAAACGUACAUUAUACAUUAUAC